GCAGGCGGAAUGGAAGUUGAAAUGGUCAUCGAGCACAAAAGCAAGUAAACGCUGUCGGCGCACAGAAGACGAUAGUGCGCCGUGCAGAGCGGCAAAAAGGAGCGAUCGCUGCCUAGAGGCGCGCCAACAUCAAUUGCUAAUUAUCAAGUAUUGAUUUUGAAAAAACAGAGCGGGCGAGAGAGGGAGAAAAAGCGAGAGCUGGUCCGCGUGCGCAAAGUAGCAGCAAUUAACGUUGACGUGCAGACGCUCAGGUGGCGCGUGACGGAGGGGGAUGAAAUGCGAGCGUGGCGGAAAGCCCACGCAUGCGCCCGGUCGGGAGCGCCAAUUUCCAGAGCGGGACGCUGCGAAAAGCGACAGCUAGCCGCCGUCGUCGCUAAAAACCGCAAGCACGGGGUCUCGAUCGAGGAGCGCGAGCCCGCGAGAAUGGUACGCCGGAAGCCGGUGCGGAAGUUCGGGUGGCGGUGAGCGAGCGGCUGCUCGGUUGCCUGCAGCGCGCGGCUGCAGAUCGGCGCGAGACGCAGCGCCGUCGGAGCGCCGUCGCCUGGCGACUAAUGCGCAUAAGCGAAAGCGAAAAAUUGGAAGAGAGGAGAGAGAGGCCUGGCGCUCGCACUCGCCCGCCGACUCUUUCUCUCCCUCGCGGGGGGCGCAGAGUGCGAGAAAGAAGCCCGCUAAAAUGGCGGACCAAUUAACGGAGGCUUGAUGCAUUUUGUACAUAUUUCUGGGCCAUGUCGCAGCUCGGCCCGGGCGCGCGCCUCCGCAGCCACCUCAGUGCGGACCAGCCGGCAUCUCGCCGUCAGAGCAGCCUGUCGAUACUCACGUGGCUCGUAACCCAGAAUCGCGGCCUGCCGCAGCAGUAAAAAUAAAACGGCGCGCGAUCCAUAAUCGCGGAAAGCCCUCUCGCCGUGGCAGUGCUCGUGAGCGCGCGCUUCGUCCAGUUUUUCGCGGCUCGCUGUUGCUGCUGCGAGCCGCGAAUGCGAGUGGGCCGUCGCCGCAACGCGCUCUCGCUACGUCUACCACAGCGAUGCACGGAAACGUACGCGGGAGUGAGAGGCGACGACGGGGGGAUGUAACGUAAUUGCUCGCAGUGGGGUCGCGAGCGCGCGGUUUAGUGUAAGAGGUGCAACGGCACUGAUAUAUCGGCGAUGCUGUCGUCUCGCUAGGCCACCAAUAUCCUCUAUUUGCUUUCGUUUUCCCGAUCGACGACGCUCCAUUGUUUUGCUUCGCGUCGGAUCAUGGCCUCGCAGGAGCGACAAGUCGGAGACGAGCACAGCGAAACAGAGCCAGUCGACGACGAGCUUGCGGAGCACGAGUGCUGCAGAAUCUGCGCGGCGACGGUGCCGCCUGCGGAGGCUGCGGCUGCCGCGAGGAUCUUCGGCCAAGAGGGUAGACGACGCAACUUGCAGCGCAACAUUCGGAAGUACCUGUACAUAACGGUGUCUUCCGAAGACAAACUUCCGAAGAUGGUUUGUGCAUCGUGUGUCGGAAAGUUGGACGGCAUCCACGCUUUUGCAACGAUGGCCCUACGGAGUCAGGAGAAGCUGAAGCAGGAACUUCUUAAAACACCUCCAGAUCUUCCUGUAACCGUCGACAGUUUGGACAGUUCCGAUAGUUUGCCAAAUAAACUUGGAGAACGUGGCCUUCUGCAUUCAAUUUUAACGAAAGGUUCUUCUGAAGCAGCAAAUGAUGGAGAAUCAUUACCAGGUCGUCAAAGAACACCAAGUACAGAAGAGAUGGAAGUUAAAAUUGAUCCAAUGCUAUUUUUACAAUGUGCUUUAGACCAUCCGUCGUCGGGAGAAUAUUCUGACUUUUCGGAUGAUUCGGAUCGAGACGUCAGCUCCCAGUGCAGUCCAAUUUCAGAACCUCCACCGCUUACCAAAAAAGAAAAGCAUAAGAACAGCAAAGAAUACGUUUCAGAGAGUCUCGAUGAAAAAAUACGCGAUAACAAUGAGAACGAAGAUUUAAACGACAGCGGAGACGAUAAAAAUGUCGAGGGUGAUGAAUUCGAAGAGGUGGAGGAUUUUUCAGAUUCCGAAUCCAAACCUCACGUUUGUAAAAUAUGCACAAGGGCGUUCGUAUCGCAAAUAGCUUUGCAAAAUCAUCUUUGGUCCCAUUUGCCAACGUCUACGGACGACUCACAAGACAUUUCUCCCAGACAACGAACAGGAGCCAACGGUGUGACGUCACAAAGCUACGGUUGCGAUAAUUUAUUGACGAACCACUUCAUCUGUCCCAUUUGUGGCAAGAAAAUAUCAACGAAAGGUAACCUUAAAGUUCACCUUGAAACGCACAGGCCUAAGGGCAAAUACGGCUGCGACAUUUGCGGAAGAAUAUUUAAAACGCAAUCAAACCUCUUUCGGCACAAGGAGUAUCACAGCGGUGUGCAGUUUCCGUGUUCAGUGUGCGGCCGAGUAUAUCCGACCAAUUCGACGUUACGUGCCCACAGUAUCACUCACUCAGACUUGAGACCUCACGCUUGUCCUCUUUGCGACAAAACUUUCAAGCGCAAUCAGGACCUCAAAUUUCACAUCAAUCAGCAUACCGGUGCACGACCUUAUCAAUGCCCAUACUGCCCUAAAGCUUUUGCCAGCUCGGGCAACUGUUUUUCUCAUCGAAAAAGGAUGCACCCCAAAGAAGUCAAUCGCGAUAGACAGCGUGCUGCUGACCUUAUGAGAUGAGCCAAGCUUCUUAACACAGACUGAGAUGCACAAUUGGCUAGACAAAGAAAAGACUGCCGUACAUUGACAACGAGCAUCUAAAAGAGAAUAAUAUCAUUAUUAUAGAAGUAUUUUCGCGUUAGUAAUAUAGCCCUGUGAUAAUCAUAAUUCUUACAAAUUUUCGACUAAUCGCUUUCAUUUUCAUUCAAGAUUAUUAUUAUUACUGUUAUUAUUAUUAUUAUUAGUAUUAUUAUUAUUAUUGUUAUUAUUACUGUUAUUUGGUGGUCAUCAGAAUGUGAAGUUUUUUUAAUUUUAGACGUUUUAACGUAUGUUAAAAAAUGAAAAUUUCAACAAUUGGUUGAUACGACGCGUUGAAUGAGAAUGAUUUUAGAAUUUCCAAGUAUUCUUGACCAAAUAAUACGCAGCACUCAUGUAUGUUAAUACCUAAUGUAAACUCAUAAAAUAAAACUUUUGAGGUGGCUAUUUGAAUGCAUAAGGAGGCAUUUUGUAAGACUGUACAAUACUAAACGUAAAAAAAUUUCGCGUUUUAAAUAUGUAUCCGAAUCUUUCUCCAGAAAACGCGUGGGUAGAAUGACAAAUAAAUGUAGAUCAUCGAUUAGCGAUGUAAUAAAAACACUGUACAAUUUUAGAUUGAAACGACGACAUAUAAGAUAUGCAUAAAUUAAUGUUCUUAUCUUGUUAGGAAAAAUGCGAAUCAUUGGAGUCAAUAUUUGUAGUUUAUAUUGAGUAUUACUCAAUGAAAAGGCCAAAAAACGACAGUGAUUUUUAUGCAAAAAUGAUCACAAUAUCACCUUCAUUUUUCAAAAGUGAUAAUUAUUGACAAAGUCUAUGUCACAAGGUCGAAAUGUACGAAAUUCGUGCUUCCUCUGAUAUAUUAUGCAAGAAGAAGUGAAGUCUUUUAAGCACAAAAAUAUAUACAUAAUGUAGAUUAAACAAUUAAAAAAACAUGUAUAAAGAAAUAGAAAUGAUCUUGUAUUUUGUAAAUGCAUUUUUUGAAAAAACUAGUUUGACAGUGAUGAUAGAGUCAAAAUAAACAAGUAGGUUGUACUGUAUACGAUGUAUUAUUUAACUGAAUGAUGACUGAGUCACUAGAUGGUAUUUUUUCAAACUGGCCUAUCAAUUGUAAUAUUGCAUAUCAAAUGGCAAAAAAUUUAUCGCGUAUUAAAUUGUUGCAACAGUAUUGCGUAUGAUGGAUGUUACUUUCGUUGCACUUAAGUACAUUAGGCCGCUCAUAUUUCAUGUAGUUGUGAACAUGUCAAAUACGAUUCAGUCGAGGCUUCGAAAAAUAUUACAAUUGAGCUUUAUAUACACAUUGACCGUCAUUUUACCAUCUUUUGUGCUACGUGAAUUUUGAAAAGACAAUUUAAAUUUUAGUGCACCGAGUCACGAGAAUAAUAAAUAAAUUUAGCAAUAUAAUUAGGCUAAGAAAUGAUAGUCAACAUCUGUCUUUGGAAAAGCAAAUAGCAUUGUAUGAUGCUUGUACAUUUUUAUGUUAACGAUCUUUAUACAUCAGUGUAAUUUGCAUGGUAUUGAAUUUGUUCUUCUAAAUACGAGCGUAACAUUUUCCUCGUUGCUGUUAUUGUUACUUUUGUAGAAUUACGUCAUGCCGUGAAUGAUGUGAACAUUAUACAACGUUUAAUACGUUUAGUAAAAAAUAAUCAGUAAAUUAUGAAGAAAUUGUGUGCAUCAAUGCUUUGAUAAGUUAUUCCCGUAUUGAAAAAACAAGAUGAAAUCUACACCAAGUACAAUAAUUGAGAAUUGAAUAAAUUAGAUACACGUAUCGUACUGUUCAAGAUAGAAGUCUUUAUCAUUUUAAUGAUAAUAAGUGUUACUCAUAAUGCCCUUUUGUAAAUUAUCAUUAUUUUUUAUUAUUAUUUCCACUUUUGCUAUGAUUAGUUAAAUUUUGCAAAUACUCAAAUGACGUUUUUGGUUCUGCAAAUCUUCAAAAAUAUUAUUUUAUUCAUUAUGUAAAAUAACUCAGUAAAUGGACUAUUUAUAUUGUUAUACAGUUAAAUGAUUGUUUGACAGAAAAAGAAGAAUGGACAUUGAAAUAAAUAAAAGAAAAAUAUAA